GUUCUAGGCGGACUCGCUGUGUAUGAAAAACUGACUGAAAAAAGUAUGCAAAAUUUCCCUAGAAUUUUUUGAAGAAGUAUCAUUCCUCAAACUUACAUAAGAUCAUGAACGUUCGCCUUCUGGGAGCUGGCACAAUAUAAAUUAAUAUUUUAGUGAUAUUCAGGUGUGUGCAAGGGUCCUUCAAAACCUUCAUACAGCACUGACAAAAGCAGUCGGCCGUGCUGUAAAGAAGGCCUUAUAGUGGGGAUACCCCGGCGUAAAGCGUUCUCCAGGGGACAGUACAGUCCGUUUGUGCGAGUGAUGCGGGUGGACUGAAGUGGCAAGUUGGAAAACUUCCCCUGGCCACGUUUGAGGAGAAUAUAAAAGGAAAAAAAUUGUUUAAAACAGCAAUAAAGAAAUAAGGCGACGAUCGCUGAGGGUGAUGCCUCGCGAGUGAGUGGAGUGUAUCUAAAAUACAGUGCUGUGAUUAAACAAAGCCGUGAUUCUCGGAUCCGGUCGAGAAAUGCGUGCGUUCUUGGUAGUCGCAGUGUUAUCCACUUUGUCGAUCCUCACUCACGAGGCACCACAGGAUGCCGAUAGCUUCGCUGGCCAGGAGGCGCCAAGAGAAGCCUACUUCAACGGCUCCGCCUUUCUUAAGCUUGCAUCGACCAUCUCGGUGCAUCGACACAGCGGAUUGAGCUUCAGGACCUGCGACGGGGGUACGCUCUUCAGUCAAAGAAUCAAUGCGGACUCCAUAAGCCUUCAAGUGACGCCGGAAGGUCUACUCUUCGUCGCCAUUAUCAAUCAGCAACGCUACGAGGCUAAACUCAACGCCAGAUUGCUCAACAAUGCUUGGCAGAAUGUCAAUAUGAUAUUUAGACUUGGUAAUCUCACGCUGAAUGCCGCUGGAAACACUCAGGUGAUCGCCAAUGCCACCUAUAACUCUGCCAUUCUGAUGCUGCCUGAUUACGACAUCAAUUCCUCGCUGAUUGUCGGUGAAGGAUUCAAAGGAUGCAUAUUACAAGGACCCGGCAUCCUCUUCAACGACACUUUCAACAGUGGUGCCGUAUUCGGUCCCUGUCCGUUGGAGACGAAAGGAUGUGGUCCAAACAGUGUUGGCGGAUUGGCAGCCAUCACUGCCGUUGCCACGGACUUUUGCCACAACGAACCAUGCAUGAUGCAUGGUAAAUGCAUUUCACGACAGGACCGCUACGAGUGCCACUGUUACGCUCGUUAUUCUGGAAACAACUGCCAGCUUGACAAUGGUCCACCGUGUUUGAGCGGUCCUUGCAGAAACGGAGGAGCCUGUACUGAAGAUCAGAAGGGCGACUACAGCUGCACUUGUCAACCUGGAUUCACGGGUGCGUUCUGCGAGUCGCAACUGGGUGUACGACUUUGCGAGCAGAAUCCAUGCAAAAAUGAUGGUAUUUGUAUGGCUCUCACGGAAAGUGACUACAAAUGCGAAUGUAAUCCUGGAUAUACUGGAAAAAAUUGUGAGAUUAAUAUCAACGAAUGUGCGCCGAGUCCUUGCAAACAUGGAGGCACGUGCAUAGACGGCGUUAACAAUUACACGUGCAGAUGCGACCGUACGGGAUAUCGGGGUGCGAAUUGCGAGAUAAACAUCGACGAAUGUGAGAACAAUCCUUGUCUGAACAACGGCGAGUGUUUUGACAAUUACGGUGGCUAUAUAUGCCGCUGCCCCAUGGGGUUCGAAGGUCAAAACUGCGAGCUUAAUUUGAACGAGUGUCUGUCAAAUCCAUGCGUGAAUGGCGGAGUUUGCGUCGAUGACGUUGGCUCCUAUCACUGCAACUGCUUGGAGGGUUUUACGGGACGUCACUGCGAACUUCAUAAUCCUUGCGAAAAAGGAACGUGUCCUGUGAAUAGCAUCUGCGUAGAAGAUAUACACGGGGCACAGUGUGUAUGUAAACCAGGAUACAUGGGAAAUCCACCGAAUUGUACAGUCAACUAUUGCGCAAGCAAUCCUUGUAUGAAUGGUGGUAGCUGCAACAGUAAUAAGGACGGAUACAACUGCACGUGUCUUCCGGAUUGGAGAGGCCCAACAUGUUUGACUCCUGCAUCUGAUUGGUGUACCGCUUGUUUGAACGGUGGUACCUGCCUCGAGACGAGCCAUGGAAUAAUGUGUCAAUGCACAAGAUUCUGGGCUGGACCGCAUUGCAAAGAACCAAUCACUUGUCGCAAUAUGCCGUGUAAGCAGAUCUCGGCCUGUCAUGAUUACCCCGGUGGAUAUUUUUGCAAUUGCGAACCAGGCUGGACCGGACCUGAUUGUUCCAUAGACAUAGAUGAGUGUUCCAGUGAUCCGUGCAGAAACGGCGGUAGUUGCAUUGAUCUUCUGAACAGUUACUACUGUCAAUGUCUUCCUGGCUAUACGGGAAAAAAUUGUCAAAUCAAUAUCGAUGAGUGUCUGUCUCAACCCUGCCUAAACGGUGGAACCUGUAUUGACAGAACAAAUGGCUACAGCUGCAACUGCACUCGCGAUUUCAUGGGGGAGAAUUGCGAAAGAGAAUAUGACGCAUGCGCCAUCAAUCCAUGUACCAAUAAUGGCACAUGCACCCUGGUCGCCAGAUCCCGACGAGAAUACGUAUGCGAAUGUCCAGCAGGAUUCGAAGGAAAGACAUGCGACGUUAACGUAGACGAAUGUGCUGGUGUAACUUGCGCUGAUGGAAAAGUUUGCGUCGACAUGGUCGCCGGUUACGAGUGUAGGUGCAGGGAAGGAUAUAGAGGACCGAAUUGCACUUUAAUUGUUGAUCAUUGCGCAAGCGAACCAUGCAAUAAUGGCACAUGCGUUGACCUGGGUGAAAACGGAUUUAAGUGCACCUGCAACGAAGGUUACCAAGGACAAUUUUGCGACAUGGACGUGAAUGAGUGCGAGCGUGAAGGUACUCCAUUGUGCAACAAUGGCAUCUGCUUGAACAAUGAGGGUAGCUACGCCUGUUUCUGCCGACCGGGAUUCUCUGGAGACCACUGCAAUAUAGACAUCGAUGAGUGCCUUUGCGGACCCUGCAAGAACAACGCCACCUGCAUCGACCGUAUAAAUACCUUCGAGUGCCGUUGUCCACCAGGAUAUUCAGGAAAGACCUGCGACAUCGAUAUCAAUGAGUGCGAAAGUGAUCCCUGCUUGAACGGUGCCACAUGCGUCGAUGAAAUAGCUGCCUAUAGUUGCAUCUGCUCGCCAGGCUUCAAUGGAUACAACUGUGAAACCAACAUUGAUGACUGUGAUUCAUCACCUUGCUUAAAUUAUGGGCAGUGUAUCGACGGCAUUAAUAAUUACACCUGUGACUGUACAGACACUGGUUUCGAGGGUUUUCACUGUGAGAACAACAUUGACGAUUGUCUGUCAAGUCCUUGUGUCAAUGGGGCGCAAUGCAUCGAUGACAUCAAGAGCUAUAAGUGUCAAUGUUAUAUCGGCUAUACUGGACAAAAUUGUGAAGUUGAUAUAAACGAGUGCGAGAGCACACCGUGCAAGUACAAUGGCACUUGUCUUGAGAGAUCUAAUAAGGAAUUGUACAAAAGCAAUGCGUCUACACUGCCAGCGAUAUUCACUCAGGAAUUCAGUUAUGCUAAUGCCAGUGGAUAUGAAUGCAUCUGCGUGCAGGGUGUGACUGGUAAAAAUUGUGAAUUUAAUAUCAAUGAAUGCGAGAGCAAUCCUUGUUUGGCUGGAACAUGUAUGGACCGUAUAGGCGGUUACACGUGUGAAUGUGAUGAAGGUUACGAAGGUGAUCAUUGUCAACAUGAUAUUGAUGAAUGUAAAAGAUAUACGCCUUGUGAACAUGGAGACUGUAUAGAUGGAAGAGCUGAUUAUUUUUGCACAUGCGAUCCUGAAUAUGGUGGCAAAAAUUGCUCAGUUGCUCUUACUGGUUGUCAGGGUAACGCAUGUCAAAACGGUGGGACUUGUUGGCCCUAUUUGGUUGACGAAACUGAGCAUAAAUUUAACUGUACUUGCCCAAAUGGAUAUCACGGAGAAAUAUGCGAUUACGAGAAGGUAACCACAAUGUCGCUCAGCGGAAGUUCCUAUAUCAUGGUAAACACAAGCCGGGAUGAGGGAUAUGAUAUCCAGUUCCGCUUCCGGACCACUCUGCCCAAUGGACUCUUGGCUAUUGGUAAAGGGUCCACGUUCUACAUCCUGGAACUCGUUAAUGGGAAGCUAAAUCUUCACUCGAGUUUAUUAAAUAAAUGGGAAGGAGUAUUUAUUGGCAGUGGUUUGAAUGACUCUACAUGGCAGAAAGUCUUCGUCGCUAUUAACGCUACUCAUCUUGUGCUGUCGGCUAAUGAAGAACAGACGAUCUAUCCAAUUAAUCUUAACGAGGGUUCUAACGCUAAUCAUACAUCAUUUCCGACGACCUAUGUAGGAGGGACAAUCAGUUAUUUGAGAAGACUCACGCACGGUCCGCCGUUUUUUGUAGGCUGUACCGAAGACGUUGUCAUUAACGGAGAAUGGAUAUACUCCGGAACAACGUCAAAAACAGUUCUCAUGGAAAAUGUCGAACCGGGUUGUCCUAGAGAAGCACAGUGCUCUCCAAAUCCUUGUAAGAAUGGUGGACACUGUACAGACCGGUGGAGAGAUUUCUCUUGCAAAUGCGAACGUCCUUAUCUUGGUCACACUUGUCAGUAUAACAUGACAGCAGCAACUUUUGGUUAUGAGAACAUUACAAAUAGUUAUGUGACCGUCAGAGUGGCAGACAUGGCUAGAAGAGCAGUUAGAUCCAUAGUAGAUAUAUCUAUGUUUAUUAGAACCAGACAAGAUAGAGGAGACAUAUUUUAUCUAGGAUCAGAACCAAGCACACAAUUUGACGGGAAACAAGAGAAAACGUAUAUAGCUGCACAAUUGGAGGGUGGCGAACUUCUUGUGAGAAUUCAAUUCAAUGGCACGGAGGCCUACACAGUUGGCGGUGUGAAGUUAAAUGACGGUAAUAAUCAUUUGAUACAAAUUGUCAGAAACGUCACACUAGUCCAGGUGAAGAUCAAUGGCACCGAAUACUUUCGGAAGACAAUCAGUGCCACUGGCCAAUUAAAUGUGACAGUUUUAUACCUGGGUGGGCUACCUCAGGCAUCACGAUACAUCCGCCAAGUCGAUAGUAGACAGAUGGAGGUAGUACAAACGCCGCAAGUCAACUUCAAAGGAGUCAUUCAGGAUGUACAAAUAUCAAACGGUGUUGACAUAAUGGUUGUUGAGUUUUAUCCACUUAAAGCUAAAGAUAUAAGAAAUCUUAUACAAUUCGGUAAUGUCUCUUUCGAUAGAGAAACUGUUUUAGAAGGUGUUGUAUCUGAUAACGUAUGUGUCAACAAUCCUUGUUAUCACAAUGGUACGUGUCACGUGACCUGGAAUGAUUUCUGGUGUCAAUGUCCACGUGGAUACACUGGGAAAAUGUGUCAAGAGAUGGAAUUCUGUCAACUUCAAGAUUGUCCUACUGGAUCUAAAUGUCAAAAUCUUGACGAUGGUUAUGAAUGUGUCGCCAAUGCCACAUUUGAUGGUGUCAGUACAAUGUUUACAUAUGUUUACAAUCAAUCAGAAGAGACUAACGUUACGGAAUCUACUAUUGAUACUAUUGAAAUCACAUAUCGUUCCAAUACCGGUGGCACACUUAUGCAAAUAACACCUAGAACUGGGAAUCAACACUUUACGGUAUCUGUUUAUAAAGACAAUGUAACCAUCUCCUGGAACUUGGAUACUCAGAAUACUGGAGAAUUGAUUUUUGGGAAGCAUGAACCAGAUGGCAAUUGGACAUCCAUAUUAAUUAGAUUGAGCAACAACACCAUGGAAUGUGGAUAUUCAAAUUAUAAUGAUGACACCAUACCGCAAAUUAGCCCCAACUUUAGUUUCUUGCUUUGGUACGACCUUCUGGUUAGUGGUACUGUUACUCUGGGAGGAUUAGGCGGUGGUUUGUCAGACAGACAUAGUUACACCACUACUAGACAGAUAGAUUCAAGAGACAAUAUUGAUGGAAAUUCAGUCGACUUCGCUGAUCACAUUUUGACAACUUCUUCACCACCACACAGUAUCGCGUCUGGCAAAGCCUUCAAAGGUUGCUUAGGCGAAGUUCGUAUUGGUAAUAUGCUACUACAUUACUUUACCUACGAUGAAGUUUAUAAGAAUGCAAACUUCACGCCAUUGGAGUUUCUUGCAUUGCAACCACAGGAUAACGCUUCAAAUUAUGAGAGUAUUGGCUGCCGUCUUUGCUUUGACAAUGAUUGUAAAAAUAAUGGUUACUGUCAAGACAAAACUACUAGUUACGUAUGUGAGUGUCCACCGGGAUAUGCUGAGGAUGAUUGUUCAGUAGAUAUUGAUGAAUGUGAAGAUAAUAAAUGCCAGAAUGGGGCUACGUGUAUAGAUUCUAUAGCAAAUUAUAGUUGCAUCUGCAACAAAGGUUGGCAAGGUUGGCUGUGUGAGGAGGAUAUCAAUGAAUGUGUUAAAGUACGUCCAUGCCAACAUGAUGGAGUAUGUGUUAAUCUACCAGGAUCAUUCCGCUGUGAAUGCCCUGAUCAAUUCACUGGCGACCUAUGUGAGAACUUCAGAUUGAUAACCUGUGAAAAUCAACCUUGUAGAAAUGGCUCCACAUGCGUUGAUGUAAUUAAUCCUAAAACUGGUGAUAACUUCACCUGCAACUGCAUGCCAGGAUACGAAGGAUCAGUUUGUGAUAUACCUUAUUGUAUUAAACAAAAAUGUCAGAAUGGAGCCAGAUGUGAUUUUCUAUAUCAGCCUCCACAAUGUACAUGUUUACCUGGUUACACUGGUCUAUACUGUGAAACAAACAUUGAUGACUGUGCACCAGAUGUCGAUGGAAAUGUUCCCUGUAAAAAUGAUGGGAAAUGUUACGAUGGUGUUAAUGAGUACACAUGCAACUGCACUGGUACUGGAUAUAGAGGAUCAAAUUGUUCGAUUGAUGUUGAUGAAUGCAUAGAGGAAGAUGUGGACUGUGGACAUGGUCAAUGCAAAAAUUUGCCUGGGACAUAUCACUGCAGCUGUGACCUUGGUUACUGUGGGUACAACUGCAAUAUAGAGGAUCCUUGCAGAGAGGAUUACUGUCAAAAUGGUGGGACUUGUGAAUGUCUAGACGAUGCUGGAUAUACUUGCCACUGUACUUCUGAUUAUACAGGGCAAAAUUGCACCGAGUCGGAACAUUUCUUGGGAAGUCAAGCAUUAGACAUUGCCGUUAUUGUGGGACCGAUUCUUGGUUGCCUUUUCCUUAUAGCAGCUGGAUCACUAAUAGCAUUAUUCAUGAUGGCGCGUAAAAAACGUGCUACUCGUGGUACAUACAGCCCUAGUGCUCAAGAAUUCAGCAAUCCUCGAGUCGAGAUGGAUAAUGUAAUGAAGCCACCACCUGAGGAAAGGUUAAUCUGAGAAAUCGAAGAAGCCCGUGGCAAGGUCAUUCGUCAUGAACCUAUCCUAGUCCCCCGAGUAAGAAGUUAUUACUCCACACUCCUUAACCGGAAUGAGAUUUUCUUUAGGCAAGAAGCCUCGACAGGAGUUACACUUAAAACAGUAGAGAGAGAGAGAGAGGAGAGAAAUAGAAAAUGGUAGGGAACUAUUAAGGGUCUCAUGCAAAGUUUCUAGUCCUUGUCGUAUCUUACGUAUCGAAAGGAUCUUCAGUAUUCUCUACUAUUUCUCAAUGAGAAGCCUGACCUACAUUAGUCACCUAUGACUUUUUUUAUGAGUCGCACGAUCUUGUGUAUCAUACAUUUUUUUCUUCACAAAACUAAGUGUACUUAAACAUUCAAAAGUGUCCUUAAGCUGCGGUAUCAUUCCAAAGGGACUCACCGAGCUAAACCAAGACCCGUCCAUUUUAAUGCCUAAAUAUAGAGUAUUUACAGCGAACCUAUUUAUAAAGUGAUUAAAUGAUAUUUAAAAGACAUUUCCGAAUGCGACAGUUGACGUUAUAGGAGAGCAAGAUCUCUGAGAGCAUAAUGUUUUGCCUUUCUUCUUAUAACAUAAUGAUAUAAUUGCUGAUUGACCGAACAGAUGCUAUUGAAUGUACUUGAUGUAUUGUAUUGUAUGGUGAUUGUUGUGUAGUGUCGAGGAUGCAUGUGUAUUACUUUAGAAGAAGUUUUCUCAUGGUUCCUUGGCGAACAUGUUAAUUUUGUAUAUACAUGUAGACGAUAAGUUGUGAAAGAUUAUAAAUGGUUUUAUCGAUAGGAUUUUUAUAUAUGAAAGGCAGUAUUUAACGGCGAAACCUGUUAUACUUGGUAUGUAAUAUUUACCAUGACAACCAAAGUAACUUUUAUAAGGAUUGAUCGGAUUUCAUUGAUAAACAAAAAUGUUUGGAAAUUGCCAGGGAUUUUUCUCAGUCAUAACUGAUCAACAUUAGUAAGAUAAUUGUUAUCUAAUCUAAUUAUAUCCUAUCUGUAUUGGGAGAGGAUCAAAAUAUGCAAUUUACUCCUUGCAAGACUGACGUUUCGAUAUUGUCACUUCUGUUCAUUGCUAAUUUAUCUAAUUACGAGAUAGGAUCUUUUGCAUUAUUAUCAGUAGCAUCUCGGAUGGUUAAGUGUACAAAAUAAUAAAGAUUUGAGCAUUUAUACACAAA